AUGGACAAGCAUAAAUACCGUGUGGAGAUCCAGCAAAUGAUGUUUGUCUUUGGAGAGACGAACGAUCCUCCAGUUGAGACAACUUCUCUAAUCGAAGAUAUUGUUAGAGGCCAGGUUAUGGAGAUUCUCUUACAGGCUACCAAAACUGCUCAGAUGAGAAACAGUAAGAGCAUAUUAACGGAGGAUGUCAUCUUCAUCAUCAGACAUGACAAGGCUAAGGUUAAUCGACUAAGAACAUAUCUACUCUGGAAAGAGCUGCGAAAACACGCAAAAGAUCAAGAUGCAGCAGCUGCAGGAACUGCACCUGGUGGAGGAGGCGAUGAGGAAGAGAAAAAAGGACCGGCAGAGAAAGAUGAUAAGGAUCCUGCUAACACCAUGAAAGUUAGAAAGUCGCAAAUAAAGUUGCCUUGGGACUUACAAUUUAUGUUUAAUGAACAGCCCUUAGAGAACAAUGAUGAUGAUGAUGAGCUAGACGAAGACGAAAGGGAAGCAAACUUGGCCACAUUGAAGAAACUUAAAAUGGCUGAUGACCGAACUAGAAAUAUGACUAAAGAGGAGUACGUACAUUGGUCUGAUUGCCGUCAAGCAAGUUUCACGUUCCGAAAAGCCAAGAGAUUCCGUGACUGGUCAGGUAUUUCUCAGCUGACGGAUAGUAAGCCACACGAUGAUGUUAUUGAUAUUUUAGGGUUUCUCACGUUCGAGAUAGUCUGCUCCCUCACAGAGACAGCACUAAAGAUAAAAAAGCAUGAACAAAGACUUCAACUUCAGAAGGAUAAAUCACAACAAAACAACCAAGAUUUUGAAGUAACUGAAAUUCAUAGAAAGAAGAGACUGUUCGACGGUCCUGACAAUGUGGUGAAUCCACUCAAAAGGAAACAUGUGGAGGAGGCAUGGCGUACAUUACAGACUAUCGAUAUGAGACAUCGUGCUCUUACGAAUUUUAGAGGAGGAAAGUUUAGAUCUAGACCAAUAAUUAUGUAG